AUGGCCAGCGUGCUCAGUCGCUUUAUCCGGAAGCGUGCUGCACCGGUAACAAGCAGCAGCCAGAACGAUGGCUCACUCGAUCCUAGUCCGUCAAUCGUGAAGCGGAACGAGAAAUACGACGCUGAGAUUGGUGUGAGAGGGAAUUCUGGUGCCAGUGAUUCCGACGAGAAGAAAACCAGUCCUGCGAUAGACCCGGACGAUAGCGAGGAAGACUUGCCUGACGAUAUCAAAGAGAUCCCUCUCAUCGUUCGAAAAAUUGUGUCUCUCGAGGAUGAUCCAACACUGCCUACAAUCACAUUCCGGUAUUUUGUUCUUGCGUUUUUCUUUGUCGCCCCAGGAGCCGUCCUCUACCAGAUGGGCCUCUAUCGUACUACAUCCUCCGCAUACCCUGUGCUCUUUGUGCAAAUUGCGUCCCAUUACUGUGGCUUGUGGCUGGCAAAAGUCCUCCCAGCAUGGGAAAUCCGUGUUCCUGGUACUAAAUGGAGCUUCAACCUGAAUCCAGGCCCUUGGAGUCCUAAAGAGCAUGUACUCGUGACAGUGACUGCCGCUUCUGGGGCGACCUCGAAUGCUGCAUGGUCAACAAUAUCUCUCGCACAGCUUUAUUUUGACACGAAGAUUCCUGCCGCUGCCUGCAUCUUCUUCAUGUGGGCAAUCGUGUUCCUUGGGUACGCGAUGGCCGCUUUGGUUCGUCAAUUACUUCUGUACGAUCCCAUCUAUGUGUGGCCGUACUCCCUCAUGCAGACGUCUGUUUUCGAAACUCUGCGGAAGUCGUCCACAGACUCUUGGAUCGCGAGGAAGCAGAAGUACGUCUUCUUUGGCGCUUUUGUAGCUGUAUUCUUCUGGCAAUUCUUGCCAGAGUACGUCUUUCCCUUCCUCAGCUCGCUUUCGUUCCUUUGCUGGGUUGCUCCUCACAAUGAGAUUGCAAAUUUCAUUGGUGGCGGUAUCGGUGGCAUGGGGUUCUUGAACCUCUCGUUGGAUUGGUCUAACAUCUCGACUGGUACUUUGACCAACCCUAUGAUCGUGCCCUUCUGGACAACAGCUGUCUUGUCCGUGGCAUUCGUAGUGAAUUGCUGGAUUCUCAUCCCAGCUGCGAAAUGGGGCAACUUGGGAUCUUGGAAACACAGUCUGAUGUCCAAUCGCAUUUUUCUCGAAAACGGGACUAGGUAUCCUGUCGAUUCACUCAUGACACCCGACUUGCGCUUCAACGUCACAGCAUACGAGGAACUAGGACCUAUCUACAUGGGCACGCAGACAAUUUGGAGCCUUUUCUUCGACUAUGCCUCAUACAUAUCGGCACUUACUUGGAUGAUCCUUUUCGGCUGGCCUCAGAUCAAAGCAACCCUUGGGAAGAUUCGGGAACGCACGAAAUCUCGAGGCAAAGAGACUGUCAAUGAAACGUACAAUGACCGUCUGAACGUUCUCAUGCGCGCAUACAAGGAGGUUCCUCUGUGGUGGUACCUCGUCCUUUUCCUCGUCUCUUUCACCACAAUCAUCACGAUUCUGGGUUGCGGAUAUUUCUUCAUCCCAAUAUGGACCUUCUUCGUCGCCUUGUUCACCACCGGUCUCAUGAUUGUCCCCUUCAGCUGGCUGUACAGCUUUAGCGCCUUCCAAGUUCCCAUCGGCUCCUUCAAUGAGCUCCUCUAUGGCUACAUGAUUCAAGCCAGUUCGACCCACCGCCAUCCUGCCGGCGCAUCUGCUUAUGGCAGUCUUGCAGGCGAUAUCUGGUACCGCGCCCAGUAUAUGCUCCAGGACCAAAAAAUUGGACAUUACUGUCACGUGAGCCCGCGUGCCAUUUUCUUCUCCCAAAUAUUCGGUGAGUUCAUUGGCGUGCCUAUCAACUACGGUAUCAUUCAGUGGGUCAUCAAAGAGAAACGAGACUACCUGCUCGGCCUGCGGACGGAUUCGCUGAAUCAGUGGACGGGACAGGCGCUGGCGAAUUACUACACGUAUGGCGUGCAGUACGUGCUCGUGGGUCCGAAGCGUUUGUUCGCGCAACAUAUGUACUCACCGUCGCCGUAUGCAUUUCUGUUUGGCGCGGGAGCACCGUUUGUGAUAUGGUCGCUUCACAAGUAUGUACCGCAGCUGAAGUUCCUGAAGUUACAGCUUUGGAACGUGACAAUCUUCUGCUCGGGUAUGUCGGUGUUUUAUGGCAAUCUGUCAACGGGCUAUAUCUCGCGGUUCAUCGUGGGUUAUAUCUCGAUGCGUUAUUUCUUGCGGAAGCGAUUUGAGACGUGGAGGCGGUACAAUUUUCUGAUUGCGGCGGCGCUGGAUGCUGGGUUCAACUUUGCUCUGCUGGCGAUGUUUGUGAUUUUCAGCUCUGGAAAGGUCGUUGUGAUGCCGAAUUGGUGGGGCAAUAAUGAGCAGAGUGUUGAGCGGUGUUUCGCGCUGGAUUCGUAG